AGUCGUGAUUCAACUCUCGAACGCGCUACAAGUUCCCCCCUUCUUUCUUUUUUUUUUUUUCACUUCUCUCUUUCAAGUUCCCCCCCAUCCCCACCUUUUCAUUUUUCAAAAGAACAUCAUUUGUUUGUUUUUCUUUUGAAAUUGUUGACUCGACGCGAAGUCGUUUAAUCGAAAGAGAAACAAAACAGUGUGUCAGUGUGUGUGUGGUGUUGUGUGUGCGAGUCCAUCGUGAAAUAAAAGAAAAAGACGAAAGGACGAAAAUUCAAGUGAAAUAAUUUUUAUAUAAAAAGUGCCGAAAAUAUCAAUUUUUUGCUGCUGCUGCCCUUCACCUGUGCACAUUUGCAUUGACGCCAUUUUAAAUUGUUCUUCUCAAAAAGGAUUGAUUGAAAAUCAUCCUUUAUUUUCGAGAGGAAAACAAAAAAAAAACUCUGAAGUGGAAAAAGCGCAAGAAUUCCAUCAUUUAACCGACCGGAAAGAAAUGCGGUCUGAAGCGGCCGUGACAGACCUGCUACUCACCGGCUCGUUGUCAUCAUUGAACUCGUCAACCAUCGAAAACAGCUGAUCCAUCUCGCCAUCUUUCAAACACGCACAUUUUUUUAAUUUUUUAAGUGAGUGAAAGUGAUUCAAUCACAAAAUUAGUGCAUCUUGUGUAAUCGUGAAAGUGAAUUUGUUUAUUUUUAAAUUUCGCGCUCUCUGAAACAAAAGACAUUUUGAAGGGCUGAUUUUUUGAGACGCGCGAAAGUUCAAAUUAAACGUCAGAUCCAAAAUGGCAUCGUCGAGACUUCUGACCGUCGCAACAUUGGCCGUCUUGAUUAUCGCCGUUCUGGCCAAGGCAUCGAGUCCGUCAAAGGGAAAUCAGCGCAACAGUAAAUUGAAACCGCCGCCCAUCAUAUCGGAGGAAACAUCCAACAAGAAUCGCCGCACAUCCGAUUGCCAUUUCGGCAAGAAAGUCUACGAAUUGGAAGAGAGGUGGAAUCCGGAUUUAGGCUCUCCGUUCGGCGUCAUGUAUUGCAUCCGCUGCGAAUGCAUAGCGGUGCAAAAGAAACGAAGGAUCGCUGGCCGGACGCUCUGCCGCAACAUCAAAAACGAAUGCCCCAAACCGAAUUGCGACGAGCCCGUUUUAUUACCCGGACGCUGUUGCAAAGUUUGCCUGGAAGACGGCGCUAUCGGUUUGGGACCUUUGAAAGAGGACGUCUCUCGCAUCGGAUUCGAUGACGACGACAAGCAAGCCAAAGAUUUCGCGGCUUUGCUAACGAAGAAGACGUCGUCGCAACCGACGGCCGCUAGUGGCGCUAGUGCAACGAGAAGCGGCUACCCGUUGGCCGAAAUGGCCACCGGCAGAUUCACUUUUCACAAGAGGCACUUGUACUUUUCGCUAGUCUUGCCGGCCGCGCCAACCAGCGGCCCGGAAGCGGACGCAGCCCGACCUCCGCGCUACCUCCAAUUCCUCAGCGAGGAUGGCAACAUCUUGGAAGAGCAGGAGCUCACUACCAACGACUACUACAACGCCACCGGCAAGAUGUGCGGAGUGUGGCGCAAAGUGCCGCGGGUGUACAAGCAGCUCCUUCGCGAAGAGAAACUUUGGGUGGCCCUGAUGGAGGACAAGGACGGCGAGGCCAUCACGGGCCGUGUGGCCCGUUACAAGGCCCUGUCGACCGAGCUGCUGAGCGCCGUGCUGACGCCAUCCGGCGGAUCGUCUUGCCCCGCCUGCGGCGGAACGGCCGCCGUCUCGAUGGCCAGCGCCUCCAACAGCAUUCACGUCACGGUGGCCGUUUCGGGCCUGUCCUCCAAAGGCGCUGACGUCGAGACGUUCGUCGUCCGUUUGGAGACGCUCGAGACGGGCACGCAUCCGUCGCGCGUCAUCGAGGAACUCGUCACUGUCCAGAAACCUCAAGAGGUGAAUGUUGUUGAAGUGAGGACCGUCCUGGAAGCGCAAGAAAUGAGACUCUUGCUGCGCGGACACAUUUUGCUGAGCGUGCACGCCAAACGGGCGCCCGAGAUGCGGCUGAAAGGUCCGUUCGGUCCGCGCAUCGCUUGCGAUUUGUUCGAUUCGCUCGUAACCACCGGAGACGCCCUUGCGGCCGACGGUAGCGCAAAUGGCCAACUGUCGGCACCGGCAAUGCCAUCGACGGCCACCGCCGCAGCCGCCGCCGGCCUGGCCUGGAUGUACAUUGGCCGGACGGGCACGCUGCACUAUCGCAUCAAAUUGCGCGGACUGCAAUCGAAAGUGAUUCGAGUGACGAUCGAAUCGACUGGAUCGAGCAAGACGAACAAGAAGCCGAGAGUCGUCGAAGACGUGACGGACAUGUUGUCCAGCGUGACGGACAGCUCAGAAGCCGGAGGGGUCAGCUGGAUCAACGGCACGGUGACCAGGAUGGCUGCCAAGGACCUGGAACUGCUCUACGAAGGCGAGCUGUACGUGAACGUGGCGACGGAGCAAUGGCCGGCCUCGGAAAUUCGAGGCAAGUUGGUGCCCCGGCUGGCGGGCGAAUCUCAUUUGGCGACGGACAACGGGCCGGUGCUUCUCAAUGCGGUUGGCAAUACGACGGCAACUCAUCGGGCGGCCCUCGGUUGGGUCCACGUCGACAAGGAAUGCAAUUUCCAUUACGACGUGGCUGUGACCAGCUCGUUGCUGGGCAACGGCCGCAGGGAUCAGCCGCACAGUUUGACGGUGCUGGAACUGGUGGACAUUCCCAGGAUCAGCAUCGAACACCAAGCCGGCAAUUCACCGGGCUCGGGCGGAAUCAUGCUGAUGGACGGCAGCGAAGCGGCCGCUGGAUCGGCCAGCAAUUACGGCGAGGUGCCCUUUAUGCCCAACAUCCGGCUGCUGGAAGAGUUCUCCGGGUAUCAGGUGGAGAACAGCGUGGCCGACCUCAACAAACUGUCGCUGGCUCGCAUGGACGCUGGAGUGGCUUACCUGAAACUGACGGAAGCGCCCGUCACUGGAACAGGAUCGCCCGGCGCGCAGUUUCAGGGCUGGUUGACCAACGUCCACGUGCCAGGCUCUUGUCUGCCAAUCGGAAUGGGCCGCUCGGUCGGCGGCAACCUGGGAGAACAGUCUGCCCUGGGCGUCCAGGGAUACGUUUUCGACCGCGCCCAGGACGACAACAAUGAAAUCCCCAUGGCGACGAUGCGCUGCUUUUACGAAGGCAAACUCUACGACGACGGGAGGGCCUGGACGGCUGAACACGAUCGUUGCAUGAUGUGCUCGUGUCAACGUGGACGCGUCGUCUGCGAUCCUGUCGUCUGCCCGGCCCUUAGCUGCACUGCACCGUCGUCUGCUGUCAUUCACCCUCCGGGCGAUUGCUGCCCCAUGUGCGAGAAUGUGACAAAAUCCGUAACGGAAUCAUCGAGACGCGGGUGCCAUUUUGAAGGCGAUCAGAAAUUCCAUCCGGCCGGAAGUCGCUGGCAUCCGUACCUUCCACCGUUCGGUUUCAGCAAAUGCGCCGUUUGCGUGUGCGACCCGUUAACUUUGAAAGUGGAAUGCACCAAGUUGACUUGUCCUCCGCUCAGCUGUCCGGAGAGCGAAGCUUAUCGGCCUGAUCCGAUGGCCUGUUGCAAACAGUGUCCAGCAGCACCGGCUACGACCACCCCAUCGGCCGCAGCGCUCAGUCAGAUGCUGGCCAACAAAGAGCUGCUGGGCGAAGAAGCCCAAAUCCGAGGGGAAGUGGACAUUCUCUCGUCCGGCGGAUGUCGAUUCAAAGGCGACGUUUUCGAGAACGGCGAAGAAUGGCAUCCUCGCAUCCAGCCGUGGGGUGAAAUGCGCUGCAUCAACUGCAACUGCAAGGAUGGUAAAGUCAAGUGCAAACGGAAGAAAUGCGCCAAGUCGCGGUGCAACGGUGGACGUACAACGACAUCUAGCGGCGCAGCGGGAAAUGACGAUUGUUGUCCAUCGUGUCCGGAAGAUGGCGUUGCUAGUUCUUUUUCCUCGUCGUCCCCAACGACAUCGGCGGCCUCGUCGUCUGGUAACAAGAACAACGGCGACGCCGACGCCAAGAAGAAGAAGCAAAGGGAAGGAAGGAGCCGCGCCGGCGCCGGUCCGAACAACAAUAGCCGAACGCACAGGCAAAAUCACCAGCAUCCACCAACGGCUUGAGGGGGCGGGGGAAGAACAGCGUAGCGCAUUGUGUUUAGAAACAGAGAAAGGCCAUCGAACAAAGUUGUUUUUGUUUUUUUUUUCUCGUUAUUUCGUUACAAUUGGCGGGUUGAAAGAAAAGGAGUAAUUAAAAGCAUUAGCGUAGGAUUUUUAGAUAUCCAUUCAAAUAUUUUAAAACAUUUUUUUUAAAUUUUGACUAGCUAAUAACUGCUAAUUCCUCACAUCCCUGCACAAAACAAAAGAGCAAAAGCAAGAAAUCAUUACGAGGAUUUUUUUUUUUUUUUUGAAAUUGUCAUUUACUAAUAUGUCCGCACGCUCUAAUAUUAUUAUAGUUCUUUUAUAUGUAUAUAUAUUUAGUAUAUAUAUAUAUAUAUGUAUACUAUGCCCAUGCACCUUAAUUUUCACUUCCACCGGCUAAUUAUAUGUUACAAGUCGUUAACUUUCUUUUUUUUUUUCGCUUCUUCGAACGAUCCGGAUAUCGAACAGUCGACAUUUUUUGGGCUUUUCUUCAUUUUUUGUUUCAACCGUUUAUUUUUUCUUGCUUUUGUUAAUGAUUUAUAUGUUCAAGGAACGUUUGUGCCAAACCGAACAAGUUAAGCUACAACACACGAAAAAGAAGAAAAAAAACAAAAAUUAAUUAAAGAAAUCCUGAAAAAAGGGACGGAAAUGUAAAUAGCUGGAGAUUUUAUUGCGAGUCCUAGAGAGAGAGAGAGAGAGAAAAAUCGAAGAGAAAGAAUUUGAAUUCGAAAACAUUUAAAAGUCAAAGAUGCAAAAAAUUUCGUUUCGUUUGUUUGAUCGUGAGAUCGGAACACAAACCAAACAAAUCCAUGGCUCCCCCCCUCGCCCCCGUUUCUCCAAUUGAACGUGUCCGAAAAAUAUAAACAAACCACCACCGAAUUACGAAAUGAAAAUCAUUUGUUUAAAAAAAAGGAAAGAAAUUCGAUGAUUUUCUAUUCGAAAAAGAAAAAGGGGGGAAGAAUUUUUGUUGUUGUUUUCAAACACAUAAAACUAGAAGAAAUCCUGGUUGUGUCCAGUCUGAUGAGCUUAUUGUACCUAUUAUAUAAUAUCCAUAAUGAAUUUUCUUUCAUCUGUUUAAACUGAAAGUCUCACGCCCGCUAUUAUUAUAUUGCUGUAUUUUUUCGUAUCUUCGUAUUCUUUACACCCCAUUUUUUUUUUUUCGGCCGUCUUUAAUUUUGAUUUGGUACGUGUCCGCUUGGAUUAUCGACAAGUCCACCCACCACCCCUCCCCACCCGCUCCCGUUAAUUGUUUCAUUUUUUUUGUUUGCCGUUUUUUUUUUUUAUUUCGAUGCCAUUUUGUACAUAUAUGAAUGUCCUUAUUAUUGUGCAUGCCCAUUCACUAUUGGUCAACAUUUCAAAAACAAGUCUUAAAAAAACAUCGAUUUUUUUUUUUUUUUCAAAAUUUUUAAAGUUGGGGGAUCACAAUUUAAAUCAGAAACGAGCCAAACACACACACACAAAAAAAAUGAUAAAAGAAAAUUUUUUUAAAAAUUCGGAAACCAAAGGUCGGACGCCAAUUCAAAUUUCCCUCCAUUUUCUUACCAGUUUUGCCAAUCCAUAAAAAAGGGGGGGAGAUUUUCUAAAUUUUGGGGGGACAAAAGAAAAAUAAUAACAGGAAAAAUUUGUUUUUACGAAUGGCAUAGUAAAAUAAAUAAUAAUAAAUAAUUCAUUCAUAUAUUUCUUUCGGUCGGGCGACAGACGAUGCAUUCCGAGUUCAAUCAAACCAGCCAGAAAAGCCGUGCAUUUUUUUUUUUUAUUAUUAUUAUUUUUUUUUUUUAAAUUCAUUUUUUUCCCUUCCCCACUUUUGCCCUCCGUCUAUAAAACUCUCUGCCUCUCCUCUCUUUUCAUUGUUGGUCGCUUCCAACAAGAUUUUUUUUUUUUAUUAUUAUUUAAAUCGAAAUAAAAAAAAACAAACAAAAAUGAAACGAUACACAAUCCAGUCACCACAGUCCCGCGCUCUUAUAUUAUUAUCCCCACCACCCCAAACCCCCCCACCUGACAGACGACUAACGUCAUCUUACAUGAUCAGAGGCUAUAUAUAAUGUUUAAAUGUUUUCUUUUUCUUUUUUUUUCAUGAAUUUCCACACGAUAACAGCAGCAAGAUUGGCCCGCAGCCUCUCGCUAUUCAAAUAAUCAUUUAAAAAAAAAAAGAAAAAAAUAAUAAUUAUUUCAUGUUGUUUUUAAUUGCUGUCAUCACGCUCCGGAUUUAUCUCUCUUUACUCUCUUCACCCCCACCAUUUUUUUUUUAAAUUAUAUUAUUCCCUUUAUACAACUAAAAAAAAAAAAAUCUAUACUCUUUAAUUGGUAUAGUAAGAUCAAAUCGAUCCUGCUGGUCGUGUUUUGAAAUUUUUUUUCUUUUUGUGGCAAAAUUGUGAGGCACACACAAACACAUUUGAUAUGGUAAUGAGAGAAUUAUAGAUGCCGAAAGCACAAAGAAGAACGAAAAAAACAAAAAAUGCGCUGAAUGUUUUGUUUAAUUAUCUUUUGCUUUUCUAAUGACGUGAUGAUUUUGAUUCUAUUCUUUUGUUUCCUUAAUUCUUUCUUUCUUUCUGUUUCUCGUUUUUUCCUGUUGUUUUAUAUAGCGAAUGUGCGCGCGACGUUCUUGUAUAUGAUGUGUUAGUGUGUACGCGGGCGGACAGAACAAGGAGAAUGUACAAAACAUAACGAAAACACACGACGACACAUUUGAUGCUGGCGGAUAUUAAAUAGAAAAAAAAAAACAAAAAAAA